AUGGCUGUGAGGCAGCUGGAGGAUUUUCCCCGUAAUUCGGUUGGACUUUAUGAUGAAUUGAGCAGUGUCAUGCUGACUGAUAACCUUCAGCUUGUUCUACGACGUAUCGAAAGUGCAUCAAAAAAAGCAGAACAAAGUCCGUACUGGCGUGGACAAAAACCAUCGUUGAUUGCUGUUUCGAAGACUAAAUCCUCCUCGCUCAUCCAGUGUUGCUACGAUGCAGGACAAAUGAAAUUUGCCGAGAAUUAUAUUCAGGAACUUGUGGAUAAAGCGGAAGUGUUGAAAUCAAAGUGUCCAAAUAUACAGUGGCAUUUUAUCGGUACAAUUCAAUCAAACAAGAUUGCAAGACUUGCGGAAAUUGAUAACUUGAGUUGUGUGGAGACAAUUUGCAGCAAGAAACACUCCUCCAUAUUGGAUAAAGAGAUUGCAAAGCAUAAUCGGACACUGAAGGUUCUAGUACAAGUUAAUACGAGUAAAGAAAAGCAGAAAGGAGGGACAACGUCUGAAAUGGCAGUGGAAUUGGCUGAGUUUAUUCGGGUAAACUGUCCAUCACUGAAAUUUGGUGGUUUUAUGACAAUUGGUUCGUUUGCGCAUAGUGUAUCGGAAAUUCCCAACAAAGAUUUCAUGGAGCUUUUCAAAGUACGAAAAACGUUUUGUGAACUCACAAAUGAAAGUGAAGGAAGCUUUGAACUUUCAAUGGGAAUGUCUGACGAUUUUGAAGCAGCAAUAAUGUUGGGCAGCACAUCGGUACGUGUUGGUAGCGCCAUAUUUGGACCUCGUUACUGA